AUGCAUGCAGGUACCUUUUUCCUCUUCUCCGGACUCAGUGCCCUUAGCGGAAUGUUUGUUUACUUUUAUGUUCCCGAGGGAAAGGGAAUGGUAUUGGAGGACAUAGGAUUAUCUCAGCAGCGGAAGCAGCAAAUAGCGGAGCACGCAGCACGUGCUGCAGCAGCAGCAGCAGACGCAGCAGCAGCAGCAGCAGACGCAGCAGCAACGCAAGAGGAAGCCGCAGCAGCGGGCCACGCAGCAGCAGACCUGCACGAGCCGUCGGACCCAGACGCAGCAGCAGCAGCAGCCGAAACGGCAGAUGAGCUGCAGCAGGAGCAGCAGCAGCAGCAGCAGCAGCAGCAGCAGCAGCAGCAGCAGCAGCUGCGGGCGCGCGACCUGCUCCGUCAGUGCGUGCGUUUUAUUGCUUGCCGUGUGGCAUUCAAUGCUGCAGCAGCAGCAGCAACAACAGCGGCAGCAGCAGCAAGUGCAGCUGCAGCAGCGGCUGCAGCAGCUGCUGCUGCAACAAGGACUGCAGCAGCAGCAGCUGCUGCAGCAGUGUCUGCAGCAGGUGCUUCUGAAGCAGGGGAGCCGGGGCCCAUAGAAGAGGCAGCGGCACGGCUGCUGCAGCAGCAGCAGCAAGGGAGAGGGGCCCCCGUUUUGGGGGCCCCUUCCGCUCUGUUGUUUUGA